AUGCCUACUACACCAGAAUCACUUACAAAAUCUUUAGUAACAGAUUUCGCAAAAUUACUUGUAAAUGCUAAUGAUUACAACGUACUUAUUAAAGUAGGUGGCGGUGAAUCAUCAAACAUCGCUUGUCCGUGUUUUGGUGGCAAGGAUUUGUGUAUGUCAAAUAUGAGCAGCCUAAAUAAAGGUUGUUCUACUAAAUAUACUUAUUACGAAUCGGAUAUUUUUAAAUCAAGCAAGUUUGAUGUAGUUGAUUAUGAAGUUUUCCAAGUUGUCAGAAAGAAAGUAAAGAUAAACGAAAGUUAG